UGCAUGCCCCAGUUUCUGGUUGAGGAUUUCACGGAUCGUGCAUGAUAUUGCAAAGUUCUUGUUUUUUUGGGCAGAAUAUUGUGAAGUGACACGUUACGUGCAAAUUUUGAUAUUUUACUGGCGCAGCUUCGAGUCUUCACCGGCGGAGCGCGACGAUCGCCCAAAUCAUUGAGGAAAAAAAUAAAGAGCUACUAUAGCUGUGUACUGGCUCGCGCGUGCGCGAAUAACGUCCACACACACGCACACAGGACAAGCUCCCCGCAUCAGCUGCAAACCAGAGAGAGAGAGAGAGAGAGGGCGGGUAUGAGUCCCGUAUAGCCGGAGCAGCGCACUAGAGAAAGCCGUCGAGUCCCGCUGCUGCAGCGAGCGAGUAGCGGGGACUGCUACUUACACCUAUAUACGCGCGUAUAGAGCAUAGUGUUGGUGAGCGUCUACAGGGGCAUAUGUCGUCGCAGCUUUUGGAGCCGCCAGCGUCGCUACGCCAGUCGCCACUUUCGCAGUCGUCAGCUGCCGAGACUCCGAGCGAGUGCCACGUUAUACGACGAGCAUCACAAGCCGAGUGUCAGCCGACAACUGCAUCAGCAAGAAAGCGCGCUGGUCGCAGACGGCCGCUUAUCAUGUCGAGCAACGGGCCGAUCGCACCUGAGGCACCGAACAAGCGCAUCAUGACGACCUGCACGAACGUCUCAUUCCAAGCGCACCACGUGUCGCGCCUGAAACGCGGCCGAGCCCUUGGCACAGUCCGCGGUUUCCGGGGCUGCACCGUGUGGUUGACGGGUCUGUCGGGUGCCGGCAAGACCUCGAUCGCCUUCCAGCUCGAGGCUUUCCUCGUCGACCUGGGCAUCGCCGCCUACGGCCUCGACGGCGACAACGUCCGCACCGGCCUCAACAACAACCUCGGCUUCACCCCAGAGGACAGAAAGGAGAACAUCCGCAGAGUAGCCGAGGUCGCCAAGCUCUUUGCCGACAGCGGUCAGAUCUGCCUCUGCAGCUUCGUCUCGCCCUUCGAGGAGGACAGGCAAAUGGCCAGGGAGAUUCACAAGGAGUUCGACCUGCCCUUCUUCGAGGUCUUCGUCGACACGCCGCUGAACGUUUGCGAGGCUAGGGAUGUCAAAGGACUCUACAAAAAGGCCCGCCAAGGUGCCAUCAAGGGCUUCACGGGCAUCGACCAGAUGUACGAGCGGCCCUCGAACCCGGACCUCGUCGUUACCACGGAAAACUGUACCCUCGAGGAGUCCGCCUUGACGGUCAUCCGCUUCCUCCAGGAGAAGCACAUAAUUCCGGACACCCAGGAGCCAGGCGCACCGCUGCGCGAGCUCUUCGUACCUCCGACGAGAGUCGAGACUGCCAAGGCCGAAGCCGAGACGCUGCAGAGCGUCGAAAUCGGCGAAGUCGACGUCCAGUGGCUGCAGGUUCUGGCCGAAGGCUGGGCUGCGCCGCUCACCGGGUUUAUGAGGGAGGACCAGUACCUGCAGGUCCAACACUUGAAGUGCCUGAUUCACGACGGCAAGGAGGUAAACCAAUCUGUCCCAAUCGUUCUGGCGGUGAGCAGCUCGGAUAAGAGUCGACUGGAGGGUCUGUCAGCGAUCUGUCUGAAAUAUCAGGGCCGGUCCCUGGCUAUCCUCAGACGUCCCGAGUUCUACUUUCACCGAAAGGAGGAACGAUGUAGCUGGCAAUUCGGUACCAACAAUACCGGCCAUCCAACCGUCAAAAUGAUUCACGAAUCAGGCGACUGGCUCGUGGGUGGAGACGUCGAGGUUCUCGAGCGCAUCAGGUGGAACGACGGCCUCGACGAGUACAGACUGACGCCCAACGAGAUCCGGGAGAGAUGCAGGAAAAUGAACGCCGAUGCCGUCUUUGCGUUCCAGCUGAGAAAUCCCAUUCACAAUGGACACGCUCUACUCAUGCAGGACACGAGAAGACGUUUGCUGGAAGAGCGAGGUUUCAAAAAUCCAGUUCUAUUGUUGCAUCCGUUGGGAGGAUGGACGAAAGACGACGACGUGCCUCUCAAAAUUCGCAUGCUGCAGCACAAAGCUGUGCUCGACGAAGGCGUCUUAGAUUCCAAUUCGACACUUUUAGCCAUUUUCCCCAGUCCAAUGAUGUAUGCCGGUCCAGUCGAGGUGCAAUGGCACGCGAAAGCGAGGAUGAACGCCGGUGCGAACUUCUACAUCGUGGGCAGAGAUCCAGCCGGAAUCCCCCAUCCAGACAAAAAUGCAACGCCCGACGGCAAUCUCUACGAUCCUACGCACGGGGCUAGAGUUUUGUCUAUCGCUCGAGGCUUGCAGAAAUUAGAAAUAAUUCCGUUCAAAGUGGCUGCAUACGACACCGUGAACAAGAGAAUGGCCUUUUUCGAUUCGAGUCGGAAGCAGGACUUUGACUUCAUAUCGGGGACUAGGAUGAGAAAUUUCGCCAAAACUGGAGAGCUACCACCUCCGGGUUUCAUGGCUCCAAAAGCCUGGGACGUAUUGGCAACGUAUUAUAAACAAUUGAACUCCAAAAUGUAAGGCCCGAUGAUAAACUAAAUUUUUUAAUCAAUUUUCAAGAUGAUGAAAGGUACAUUGCUCGAGAGUCGUUCUUUCAUUGUUAUUGUAUAUGUGGUUUUCGAUGCACAAAGAAUAUGUACAAUGACUCUAGCAAUGUGCUGUAAUUUUGCAUUCCACUUAGGCAACGAUUUUUUUGUUAACGCUGACCAUACUUGACGAUUUGUAUUGCACAAAGUGAAAAUACGAGAAUUCACUGUAUCAAUCAUGCACUGUGGAAACUGUUCCUCUUGCUUAAAACUAUAUAUAGCCAUUGGAAUCUUAUACAGAUAUAGCAGAUUUUAUAUAUAUAUAUACACACACACACGCGCGCGCGAAGAAAAAGGCUGAGAGCCAUCAAGAGUAUAUUUUAUAUAUGUUUUAAGAAUUUCAAAAUGAAGCAUAUACUAUGUUUGAGUUUCCACAUAAUUUAUCACUGUUUGUACAUUUAUAGAGAAUUAAUAUAUUAGUUAUUAAUGGAUUUUUAGUAUUUUAAAUCUUUAUUGUAAUAAACUGUAAUCGUGAAUUUAUCAAAUUGAAGAUACUACGCAUCGAUUUUUUUAUGUAAAAUUCAAUGUUCAUAAAAUGUACAGAAUAUACUAAAAGCUUAUUGAUCUAUUUUAA